AUGACUUUGCUCCGAUCUGGAAUGAUGAUCGGAGAGGCGAACUCGAAUUCUUUGGAGAACGGCCAGCAGACAAAGCUCGAUGAGCUAAUGAACAUGAUCGAUGCUUUGAGGAAAGAAAAUGUAGAGCUACGAGCUGGAAUGGAGCAUCAAGACAUCAAUCGUGGUGGUCUACGUCGUGAUGAAGAUAUAAUCGGUAAUCUGCCUCCAAAUGUCGGCCGAAUAGAGGAUCGGGAAGGAUCUGUUCGUCUAGAACCGCAUCACAAACGGAUUAUGAGGGAGGAAGCACCGGCGUAUGAACAUCGAAUUGCGUCACCAUGGCGGAGUGAAUUUGCGGAGGAUAGGUCGUUCGAUCCGCCAUACCGACCUUCAUUAGCGACAGUUGAUUACCAUAGCUCGGAAAGGAGAUCUGCCGAUCGAGGAUUUCUGUCACAGUUUUUAAGAGAAAAUGAAGCAUUGUGUUCCUUAGCAAGGACGGUCGCAUCGCCGUUCAUUGAUGAAAUUCUGAACGCACCGAAUCUGAAGAAGUUUUCCAUGCCGAUCUUCAUUCUGUUUGACGGAACAACCGAUCCGGUCGAUCACAUAUACCAUAUUCAGUUGAAAAUGGCUUUGAAUACUAAUAAUGAUCCUUUGAUAUGCAAGUGUUUCCCUACGAGCUUGGCUAGACCAGCUCUCAAUUGGUUCAAGAAUCUGGCUCAAGGCUUAAUCGCUAGUUUCCAGGACUUAUGCGAUAAGUUUAUAAGCCAGUAUUACAGGAAUAAGCGUCCGGCUAAGGAUGUAUCGAGCCUUUUUACAAUGAAGCAGCAUGAGGAUGAGUGGCUCCAAGCUUUUCUCACCCGGUUCAACCUCGUUAAAAGCAUGGUAAUAGAGUGUCACCCGUCAACAACAGUCCAAGAAUUUAAACUCGCAAUGAAUCGGGGGACGCCGUUCCACACCAGCUUGGUGGUUAAUACGCCAAAGACAAUAGACGAGCUGAACGAGAGAGUUGACGGUUUUGUUCGCCUUGAGGAGGAAGAAGCAGCUAAUUCAAGGAAGACAUCAAUUAUUUCGACGGAGGAGAAGUCCAAAGCCAAGAUCUGGCAAAAACAAGCUCAACCGCAACGUCACCCCUCAUGGAAGGCGGAGAAGAGGCCUAGGGAGGAGGAAUCAGUCACUCCACUCAGAGUCACCUUAGCAAGGCUAUACCAGGAGAAUAAAGAUAAGUUUCGUCCUCCUCUGCCAAUCAGGAACCUAAAGAGGCAGGUAGAGAUGCUGAUCGCGAAGGGGGAGUUUGCAAGCUAUGUUCAGGGUCCGGCGCAAGAGCAUAACCGCUCGACUGAACAAAUCAAGCGGAACCAGAGGCUGAACCAACACAACUCUCAUCCCGUCCGGAUUAUAAACACAAUUCAUGGCCGGCCUGAACAAACGACGGAGUCAGAGGAGUUGCUCAGAACAAGGUCACGCCAGGCUCAGCUGAAAAGAAGAAUUAGUAGUGUGCGUGCUUUGCACCAGCAGAACACGUCCACGUCGAUAAAGUUUGAUAAAACGGACCUGCUACGCGUUCAAAUUCCUCAUGAAGAUCCACUAGUCGUCAGUCUGACGAUUGUAGAAUGCCUGGUUCGGAGAGUCCUGAUUGAUCCAGGAAGUAGUGCGAAUGUCAUGCCCAGGGUGACGUUCGACCGACUGGAGAUCGAACCCGAAAAACUCAAACCCACAGGAAAUCUGUUGCUCGGAUUUGAUGGGAAGCUAGUGGAACCCAUUGGAAUGGUGGAAUUGACAGUACAAGCCGCUGAUCGGGUUUUGACUGAAAGUUUUGUGGUAGUGGAAAUUCAUCCGUCAUGCAACCUCUUGAUGGGCAGAGGAUGGAUUCACAGAAUUCAGGGCGUUCCGUCAACCUUACAUCAAGUGAUGCGAUGUUUGGGUCUGGAUGGGAUCAAGGUGAUAGAUAUACACGGGGACCAGGUUGCGGCUAAAGAGUGUUAUUCAGUAACUUUGAAAUCUGUUGGAAAAGGGAAAAACCCCAUCCGUUCAGCCAUUCCAAAAUAG